AUAGAAUCGAAAUAAUGAGGUUGUUAUUUUUCUUUAUUUCUACAUUACAUGCAGUUACAGCGUCAGAAUUCCUGCAAGCUGAACGACUGAGGGGUGUUUCUUUAACAAAGACAAGCUUAUACAAUCCUGCUGCUGAUUUCACCUGUUUUGAUGGAAGCAAGUCAGUAAAGUUUGCGUUAGUUAACGAUGAUUAUUGCGAUUGUCCCGAUGGAUCAGACGAACCUGGCACCUCCGCGUGUCCCAAUGGAUCAUUCCACUGCACUAAUGCUGGUUACCGACCAACCAACAUACCAUCAUCGCGAGUAAAUGACGGGAUAUGCGAUUGUUGUGACGGAAGUGAUGAAUGGAAACAUCCAAAUAUUUGUCAAAACAAUUGUGUUGAGCUUUGGAAAUUGGAGAAAGCUCGAUUGGCUGAAGAAGAAGAUCAAGCAAAUAGAGGGUUCGUUCUUAGACAAGAGUUUUCAAAAACUGGUAUUUCUAAAAAAGUUGAAAGACAGCAAAAAGUUGAAGAACUGGAAGCCCAACUUGUAACUUUGAAAGAAAAAGAAGUUCUUCUUAAAACAACCAAGGAAGAAAUUGAAGCGAAAGAAGCUGCUGCUUUGGAAGAACAUAAACAGAUGAUGGAGGAAAAGAGAGCAAAGGAAGAACAUGAGGAAAAUAUGAAGAGAGGAGCUUUGGCAUUCUCGGAGUUAGAUGCCGAUAAAGAUGCGGUAGUAACUGGUGCUGAGUUGACGACACAUAAAGAACUUGAUCCAGAAUUAAGUGAUGAAACAUUCACUGACACAGAAGCACAGCAAAUACUCCAAGCUGACUCUGUUGAUCUUGGCUUCUUCCUUACAAAUGUUUGGCCAACAAUUAAUUCAACAUUUCAAACAACAAUUCCUCCAAUUGUUGAACAACAAGAAGAAAAAUCACAAGAACAAACACAAGAAGAAGUUGUUGCGGAGGAUAUUGGAGAGGAGGAAGAUGAGAUUAUGAGAGGAGAGGUGAUAGAUGAGCAGGAGGAGCACGAGGAAGAGGAGGAGAGUGAGGAAGAUGAGUAUUAUGGGGAGGAGGAUGAGGAGGAAAAAGAUGUUGAGACCCCACCCCCUCCACCAAGUGCGGAAUAUAGCGAGGAAACGCAACGUAUUGUAGAAGAAGCGAUGUUAUCACGUGAAACAUUCCGUAAACAUGAAGAUGAAAGGAAGAACAUUGAAAGUGAAAUCCAAAAUUUAAAGACAGCUUUAGAAAUGGAUUUUGGUCCCGAUGAGUCGUAUCAGGCGUUACAGUUUCAAUGUUAUGAGUUGCAAACUAUGGAGUACACAUACAAACUUUGUCCAUUUGAUAAAACAUCGCAAAGUCCUAAGAAUGGGGGUACAGAGACUAACCUUGGUCGCUGGGGAUCUUGGAGUGGUGGAAAUGAUGAUAAAUAUUCCAAAAUGAAAUAUGAUAAUGGUUUGACUUGUUGGAAUGGACCUGCAAGAUCUACAGAGGUUCGAAUCAAGUGUGGAGUUGAACACAAACUCUUAUCAGUUGAUGAGCCUUCCAGAUGUGCUUAUACGUUUGAAUUCGCCACUCCAUGCGCAUGUAAACAAACACAACAAGAUUCCCAACCACGAGAUGAAUUAUAAUUAACUUGCAGUAUGUUGGAUUGUAGGCAAUGAAGCACUUGACCAUCAUUUACACUGAUAUGCUUUGUUGUGUGGCCAUUUGUAAGAACUUACUAAAACUAUUUGAAAAAUUGUUCCCACAAAAUGUGCAAUUAUAUAAUUAUUCUACUUGUUACAAAAAAGCCUUGCGUUUCACUGGUGUGCUAAUUAACUUGUAUUUGGAUACUAACUUAAGAUUUUUUUAAAUUUCUACUUUUUGCACCCUGUAACUGUAUAGCCAAGUUCAAAUAUAUUAGAAACCAGUUCAUUUGUUAUUUAAGAACAACAUUGAAUACUCAAAAUAAAUGUUGCUUUUUUUCUUCAAUAAUAAUCCUAUUUGAAGCAAAUUGAAUUAUUACAAUUAUUUUCCACUCAAACCAGUUUAAGACACACUUUACAUAUUAGCGUAUUUGUCAAGUUUCUGCCAACCCAGUUUAUUGGUAAAAACACUUAGUAAAUAAAUCUUUACAUAUUUAGCGUAGUUUUCCUGGUUCUGCCAUGGCAGUUUAUUUGUAAAAAAACACUUGUUUAAGAAAAGAGAGUAAAUAUAAUCUUUGAAGAAUGUUUAUUUGGUGUUUUUCUACCACCACAUAUAUAACAACAGUAUAUGGAUAGCUGUUCAAUACAGCACCACACUUACUACAUGCAUUAGAAAUUUAAAACCAAUAUACUAUUAUUGCUGCGUACAUAGAUGGUUUUGCAACAUACAAUAAAACACAAAGUCCAA